CUGACCUAUUGUCGUAACCAUUAUGAUGUUAUGGUAAUGUCUGCCAUAUUUAGUGACAAAUUAAAGUGAAUAUUUAUUGUUAAUAAAGUUCGUGAUUUUACUUUUUUAGUUGCAUGAAAGAAAAUAGUUAAAAUUGUGAUAACAAAUAUAUUUAUUAAUUAUUAGGUUCAUCAAACUUGUGUUUGAUUCACCAAAAAAAUGACGGAGAAAGGUGAAAAUACUGUGCAACAGCAAGCUGGUUCCCAUCCACAGGGUACACAUAAUGCAUGGAUGUAUCCUAAUCCCUAUGGAGUGUACAAUCCGUAUCAGGUAGCUGCAUAUGGAUCUCAACAAGCUGCAUAUGCUCAGUAUUAUCAACAGUACUAUAGUCAGAUGGGUUUUAAUACUCAAAAUUUGUCAAACACCACCUCGACUAAUGUGUCAUCGAAUAAUGCACCGCCAGGAUUUAGCAAUGCUACCAUUGCAAAAGAUAAUUCAGAUAAUAAAAAUAAGUUAAAUAAUGAAUUACCUCCACUUCCCCCAGGGCCUCCUCCUCCCACAUCAUUAAAUCAAGGUUCAAAACAGGCACCUAGUAAUUUUGGUCCAAUUAAAUUUAAUAUAAAUAAUAAGCGUACAGGUUUAGGGUUUCCCCAAAAUAAUCAACAACAACAACAACAAAAUCAACAGACGCCAAACGGUAAAAAUGGUGCUGCUAAAAAAAAGCGUAAACGUAAUAAAAUGAAUCAACAAAAUGCAUUUUAUAAUCAACAAAACGGUUUCAUGGGAAUGCCACCUUUACCACCUCCACAAGCAGAAUUACCAAAACCUGCACCUCCACCAGAAAUGCCUCCUUUACCUCCAAAUCCUCCACCACCUCAAGAUACACCUCCAAUUCCUAAUGAACAAAAUAAAAAUAUACCAAAUAAGUCGCCAUUAGUUCCAAAAUCUAAUAUUAACACCCCAAAUCGUAAAUUGAAUGCCUUAAUUUUUAAUCCAACUGGUGAUUGGCCUCAAGAAUUAAAAGAUUACGUAAAUCGUUGCUAUGCUAAGUGUAAAACAGAUCUUGAUAAAGACCAAGUGGAAAUUGUAUUAACGGGUAAAAUAACAGCUGCAACAGCAUCUGGAGAAUUGUAUAUUAAAGAUUGGAGCAAGGAACCUUUGCCUAGUAUUCAUAGUGAACGUAUGAAUCUAGUUGUGAAGACAGUUCCUGGACAAUUAGCCAUGUUUCAAAACAAUACUCCAAAUAAUAAACAAGAAAUGGGUGUAGGUAGGGGUAAAAAGACAGGUUUGUCAGCAGCCAUGGGGGCGCGACUUGGUGCUCGAGCAUCAACAUUACGAGGCAGGUCUCGUAGUCGUUCACGUUCUGAGUCUAGGUCCCCUCCACGGAGCUACAGAAGACUGUCUAGAUCAUCAUCACGCAGCCCACAUAGACGACGCUCUUCGAACAGUUCAUCCCGAAGUAGCAGCACAAGCAAUAGUAGUACAAAUGAUUUUAUUCCUUUAAAUUCUUCAAACACUAAAAACAACACAAAACAAAAGAAUCGGGGUAAAGUUACGGAUAGGUUAUCAUUAGGGGGUGUAAACAAAGGCGGUGUAAAUAAACAACAAACAAAAAUGAGUCGUAAACAAAUGAAAGCGUUAAAAAAAUCAUCGUUUUAUACAGAAUUUAGCCAAAUCGGUGGAGAUGUAGAGGGAAAUACGGAAAAAUUACAACAAAGGGCAGCACGAUUUAGUAGUGGUAGUAAUAAACAAGUAACUAGUAUAGCUUCUUCAAUAGUGCCAAAUAGUAAUAAUCUUAGGAAAAAACGUUUAAAUAUGAGCUCGAAAAUUGGAGGCGGUAGUAAUGACGAAUGUGGUAGUGAUUUUGAAUGGACUGAUAUGCAUAUUGUGGGUAUAUGCCAAGAUUUAGAAAAAUCAUUUCUACGUUUAACGAAAGCACCAUCAGCGGCUGAUGUUCGACCUGUCGAUGUUCUUAGGUUAUCGUUAAAAAAUGUCAAAGAGAAAUGGGUUGAUAAACAGGAUUAUUUUUAUGCGUGCGAUCAACUGAAAUCUAUUCGACAAGAUUUAACUGUUCAAGGUAUAAGAGAUUCAUUUACAGUAGAAGUAUAUGAAACACAUGCACGAAUAGCUUUAGAAAAAGGUGACCAUGAAGAGUUUAAUCAAUGUCAAACCCAACUUAAAAUGUUAUAUUCAGAAAUUGGUGGUAAAAAUAAAAUGGAAUUCGUUGCAUAUCGCAUUUUAUAUUAUAUUUUUACAAAAAAUACCUUAGAUAUAAUGACAAUUUUACAAUCAUUAACAACAGAAGAUAAAGAAGACGAAUGUGUGAAGCAUGCAUUAGCUGUAAGAUCUGCAUGGAGUUUAAAAAAUUUUCAUAAAUUCUUUAAACUUUACAGUUCGUCACCUUUAAUGACCGCAUAUUUAAUUGAUUGGUUCAUUGAUCGUGAACGAAAAGAUUUUUUGAAAUAUAUAAUUAAAGCUUAUCGACAAACAUUACCGAUCUCGUUGGUUACAAAAGAAAUGGCGUUUGCAACACCUGAGAAGUGUUUAGAAUUCGUAUCGCAGUUCGAUUUGACGUUCACGGAUACCUCAAGGAGUCAAAUUGAUUGUAAAACAAGCAUGGCUGUUAUUUCCAACUUUUGAAAUUAGAUUUUUUUUGAUCUGUGAAAAGAUCUUAAGAAUUGCCUGUCUUCUUCUCAUAAAAAUUUAUCCAAAGGGGAUCAAAAAAUUGUCUUCAAAAUUUUAAUUAUUUUUCUCUUCCAAUAUUCAAAUGGAAAAUUCUUUUAAAUAAAAAAUGUGAGUGAUUUUAAAAAGACUUGAACAUUUGGUGUGUUAAUAGAGACUGUGAAAUAAAAUCAACGGAAAAGUUUUCCCAACCGAAAUCUAAUUUUAGGGCGGCUGUUACUUUGUUUUAAAAUAGUUGUUUUUUUUUUGACGAGUAUGUCAUUAAACAUUUUUUCCUGAUUUGCAUCUAAUAAUUCCUAAUAUUAUUUUUGGAUUGAAGAAUUUCCAUUUUCUUGAAAAUGCCUUUUCGUUUUAUUUUUGAAUCCCGUAAUCGUGGAAGUAACCUGGCGAAAGAAGAAAGAAAAAUCGUAUUGUGUGUGAAUGAUAAAUCGAUAAAUAGACUUUUAUUAAAAGUGAAAAAUUCAUUAAUUAUUAUUUGAAAAUUAAUAUAAUUUUUAAAUUUAAAGAAAAUAGGUCUCAAUUUUUGAUAUAUCGUGAUAUCAACGUAACAUCUCAAACAUAAUUUUAUAAGAUAUAUUUAUAAAAAAUAAGUAAUUAUUGC